CCUGUGUCGAGCCUUACCGCCGGCUUAGCAGCUCCAGCCUCAGGAAAGCGGAGGAGGCGGGGGGCGACUUUCCUCGGGGAUGGACGCGGGGUGCAGUGCGGGGCCGGGCGGCGGCGCUCGGGGCCGCCGGUUUCUCCGGCGAUGGGUGGGGAGAAGACGAGGAGGAGGAGGAGGAAGAGGAGGAGGGGUCCCCGCGGCUUUAUCUCCCACCCGGCUCCGCCCGCCGCCGGCUGCCUCCCGUCGCCGCUCCGUGCCGUACCGCUCCGCGCAGCCGGGCGCAGCGCCGGGCAGGGCAGCGCCCAUGGGCUGCGGCAACUCCACGGCCGGCGGCGCGGGCGGGCGAGGUGCCACGGGGACCACUAAAGAUGUAGCAGAAGAAUCUGUAUCAGAUGAUGACAAAAGGAGGAACUACGGUGGUGUGUAUGUUGGCCUGCCAUCGGAUGCGGCUGCCAUGGUUUCCAGUCAGACGAAAGCUGCAUCGAAAGAUUAAAAGGAAAUAAACACAUCAAGAUGCAGACAGCCGGAGUCUUCUACUAAGACAAGUUGCCAGUGCUUUAAGGAGAGCUGUCUUUGUGGUGAAGAUUUUUAUAUUUACGUAGCCUUCUGGAGAGCAAGAGAGACCACAGCACCAAAAAACCUAAACUCUUGCAAGUUCCAACUACGGGUAAAGCUUAAAGUACAGCGUUGAAUCAGUUUCCUAUGAUGGUUGCAUUAUGGAAACAUCCUGCUCUUCUCCAGUGGAAAAUGAAGUUAGUGAACUCGUGGUGGAUGUUUCUGCACAAGAGCUAACUUUGAUGAUCUGCAACUUACUUCUCUGUGGCCAUAUUGCAGAUUGCAUCAGCUAUCAGCUACGCUUCGUAUAUUUUCUCCAACAAUUUUUGAUAGAUUUUAUAUAGAAAACCAUUACUACUGUCCACUUAUAGGAACCUACCAUAAGAGCUAUUAAAUUAAUUGUUAAUUUACUUCAGAGUAAUAUAUUUGACAGGUUUGCAUCUUUUUGGUAAUAUUGCAAAUUUUAAUAUUUUUGCUGUGAAAACUUAAGGAGAAAAUAAUCAUAGGACCAUGAGGUUCUUUAUAAUUACUACUGUCACUUUUAUACAGUGAGACAAAUACUAGUGGUUAAUUUUCACAUCUUAAGAAGAUAUUCCUUAAGGAAAUUUAUUUAAAUAAGAACAAUGUACUUCAUCAUAAUAUAUACAUGUCUGGGUUUGUGUGGUUUUUUUUUCACUUUGUGUCUUUUAUAAAGCAUUACAUGGAAAAAAAUACUAAUGAACCAAGCUAUUAUGUUAUGUCUUUUGUUCUGUGUAAUAUUUUAAUGACAUUUCCUCACAUAAGGAUGUAGUGAUUGUAUUUUUAGAGAUAGCAGCACUAAACUCCAGUGCUGCAUCCUCCUCAACUGUAGAGGAAUUUUGAUCACUAUUAGAGUUUUGUAUCCCUGACUCAUCUCUAAGCAUCUCAAGUAUGACAAAUUGUAACAGAAUGAGUGUUAGUAUUACUUUAGCAAAUUGUUGUAUUUAAUAAUGUACGUAAGGUUUCAAAAUUCGUCAAGUUUAUAGCAACUGUUGGCUUCCCACAGAACAAAAAUCAGAUUGUACAUUUCCAUACGGCUGAACAAGUAUAUAAAUUAUUAAAGCCUUUUCCAUAAUUCUUUAGUCAAACUUUUGUUAACAGGACAUACUAUGCCAUACACUUUAAACUAACAAAUAAACAAAAAAAAGCCAAUCCACACUACAUUAAUUCAUUACUGUAGAUUAAUAAACACUUUUAAAUUUAAAGGAAAAAAGCAAAACAGAAAAACUGGACAUGAAGAAGUGAAACACCGUGAACUGUGAAAUUCCUGCCCAUUUAACUGACAUCUGUUAAGACCAAUGAACAACCAUUGACUAUGGUUUCCAGUAACUUGCAGCUCAACUAAGAGGUAGUUUGUUUGGUGUGAGGCCUGUAAAAAGAAGUAUUUAAAAAUAUUUCUUGCUUGUCCUCUUUUAAGUAUUUGUGACAUUUACUGCUCUUCUCUAGAAAUAUGAUGCUUGGGUUAUUAGCUCUUUCAGGCUUCCAGCUCCUGAAGACAAAUAUGCAUCUCUUUCUUGACCCCUUCAGAAGUGAACCAAGAUGAAAUCAGAUUGAAGAUUAAGGGGUGUUGUUAAAAUGUCUCUGUGUGAAUUAAUUUCUGUUGAUUACAUCUGUUGAGUCUUGUUCUUGCAGGGCAAGCUGAUGAGAACUCAAAUAGUGCUGAGUAAUAAACAUGGAGGUUUGCUUCCCACCUGUUUACCUUAGCAUAACAGUAUAGCUUCCACAUCACAUGUUCUAUGUCUGGUCAAAAUGGUUUGCACAGCGUAAGUUUAUUUAUUACAAAGCAAUUAGGUCCAUGCCUGACCUGAUCACGAUUGCCUUUCCCAAAGCAGAGAAACCACCUAGGAUACAUCACAGUUCAGCUAGCCAACAACAAAACAAAGAGCCAACAACAA